ACAGUGUUUUCUUUUCAGUUGCUUGUCGACGCCAGAAUCGAAACGAUUACACGUUCAUUUUCGAGGAAGUAAAUUAGCUUCAUUCUAUUCAAGCUCUGAACAGCCAAGUGAAAUCCUUUCCUGUUCAUUGUUUCGGUUUGGUUUUAAAUUGAUAGGGAAGGUAAAGUGCGGAACGGUGACACGUUUGAAAGUUUUUAAUUAAAAAGAAGAAAAUCGUCUAAAUAAGGACGAACAAGUUUUCAAGUUUGUCGCUCCGUUAAAUUGAUUAAAAUUUGCUGUUGGGGGAUUGUGAUUGAAUUAUACGACUGCUGCUACUACUAUAUAUUAUACGCACACGACAAGGACAUUCAUUGCACGAAAUGAUUUUCCAAAGAAUCACUCCAGACCGUUACAACGACGUCAUAGUACAUUUACGAGAUUCGUUUUUCUUCGACGAGCCACUUAAUAAAGCGGUGAAACUAUGUACAGCCGGUACGGGAAACGAAGAAUUAGAAAAUUAUUCCAUCGCAACAUUGGAGGACGGUCUAAGUAUUAUGGCAAUAAAUGAUAAUGAAGAGAUUGCCGGUGUUGCAUUGAAUGGAAUAUUGCUGAGAGGUGAUAUCGAGGAGGCACUCAUCAAUCUCAGCCAAUUGAAGGAUGAACGAACUAAGAAAAUCUUUCGACUGUUGUACGAUCAAAAUUUAAAAUUGAAUUUGUUCCAUCGUUUCAACGUUGACAAAAUAUUCGAAAUUCGCAUUUUAUCGGUUGACGCUAAAUUUCGAGGACAAGGCCUAGCGAAAGAACUGUGGAGACGGAGCGAAGUGAUGGCUACGGAAUGUAAUUUUCAGUUGAUGAAGGCCGAUGCAACUGGAUUAUUUUCGCAAAAAGUUUCGAUAUCUUUUGGAUUCAGCCCAUGUCUAGAGCUUUCGUACAAUACGUACACGGAUAAGCAAGGUGAUCCUAUUUUUAAGGUUGAUCCACCUCAUGACAAUCUGAAAAUUAUGUACAAACUAAUCAAUCAAAAGAAUUAAGAAAGAAGAUGUUAAAGAAAAAGAAAUGAAAUGAGUGUGUCAAAGUGGGUCCUAUAAUGAUUCCUAGACCCAUCAGAAACGUUUAUUCAUUUGUUUACGAGACUAAGUAGGAAAACAAUUAUGUGUUAAAGCUAAUGAAGUAAAAGAUUUUUGUGUCAGACAUUAGGCGAAGCUUUAUAUAUAUUCAUAACACACUCUAGGUCUACUAUCUUAGGGCUUGUAAGCGAGUGUGCUAUUUUAUACAAGGUUGUUCAGAACCUGGUUUUAUAUUACAAAAUAAUGAAGUAAUAGAUUAUAAAUGACGAUACGUUCGCAAAACGUUUAAGGCACACAAUUUUGCUGCACUUCAUAAAUCAACACAACAUAAAAUCGUUCAUAAAGGUUCGUUGGUUCGUUUUUCCAUUUCGGCGGACAUUCAAUUCAUUUUCAAUAUAUCUGUCGGUAUCUUGUUUAUUACAUGGCAACGCUGCGCUGUACUAUCAUACUAUGUUCACAUGUAAGCUUGAAUGAAUUGUUCGAAUAAAUUGCAACGAAAGUACUAUUCCAGAGCCAAGUGUCUGUUAAGUGAUAGCCGACGUCAAUCUUUUUCCCGGAACUGUUUUAAUGCAGGUCUAAAAAUUGACUUUAGUGUCAGUGGAAAUGCAAUGUAAAUGAAACUGGUUCUGAAACUCCUUCGCUGAGCAAUUCACAAAUUCAUGAAUCACACCUCAUUUUCAUCGUCAACUUCAAAGGCAACUCGAGACAUUCAAUUUUCCAAAAAAUUUCCAUUGAUGUGACGUAAUUAUGCUACGAGUCGAGAGAUAUAGAAAACAAACUCCUCAUGUAAUGUCGACAAUCCUCUGAACCUCAUUUUCCUUCAGCGUCUAAAGUGGCACUUGACAAUAAACCGAAAGCAUAAUUAAAGGGAUGUUUUUGUAGCCACUGAAGAUGACUCUGAUCUAGAGAUCUAGAAAUAUUUGGCAGUGAAACAGAUCACAUUGAGCUAAUCCGACGUUCAUUCUCAAUUGAAGUGAAGUUGAAGAUUGCGUCGAAUUAAAAAACGAAUUAAAUUCAAUGAACUUAUAAAUCGUUUUGAGCCUUCAUGCAAUGCAUAAACUCUCCUAAAGAACCACACAAAUAACGUUUAAUUCAACCUUUUGCAGCCCUAAAUUCCUGGAAUUUUUCAAAUUUGUAAUGAUUGGAAUAUGCUUCGACAGAGCCGUCAUAUAAAGUAAAUUUUAUGUCAAAACGAAUGAAGUGAAAGAUUUAUUGUAUCAAUGUCUUACAUAGAUCCAAUAGAAUCAUGAUACUAAUGAUACUUAUGCUUAUAAUAUGGAUGUCUUUGUCUCUGACAGGUUAAGAUUAUUGUAAUUCUAUUUUCUUAUUGAGCCAUUUAGAAACGAUUAGAUAUACGACUAGUGUUCAACUUCAACUUAAGACUAGUAAAAUGGAUGCUGGAUAUUAAAAUGAACAGAUGAAAAAUGACAAAGAAUUAUUAGGAACCGACCCUUUUUAUCCAAUCGUUCAUUAAAUUACACACAUAACGUUACCACAUUUGGACAGCAUACUCCAUAUAGCAUAUGAUGGGGGAACAAAUAGAAGGAAUGUAAAGAAUUUAAUUGGUCGGUUCAUGUAAUUCUCCUUCGACUAGAAAGUUUAGAUUGAAAAAAAAAACUUUUGUUCAAUUUAUUAGAAUCUUUUUAUUAAAAAAUAAGAAAAAUCUAUCAUCACAAGCAAGGUGAUGUUUCUUAACAAUAAUUUAAUUUAAGAAACGAAAACCAUUUUCAUUAACUUACUUUAAUACUACGCUACAUAAUAUCGUAGUGUUCCCAUUUUCAUACCACCACCACUGUAAUUUUGUCACGAACUUAGUACAUUACGUAACUGUGUAACCAACUCACUUACUACAUUUAUCACCAAUACACGAUCACAAUGCCACAGAGAAGAAAAGAGGGGAGAAAGGUUUUUCGGUACCUUAGGAGGAAGAAUAUAGGAUCAGGUCAGUGCUCCGCGAACUUGCUAAUAAACCAAUCUGAUAGAUCUGAGUUCUUAGCACCGAGGCCUGUUUUUUUUUUGUCCUGUGUGUGAUUCGCCAUCUUUUGCUCACACCCGGCAACUCGAACGUCAGUAACUUCUCCGCAAGUGCAUUGGUCGUGUAUUGCAUAGAUUUUGUCAGAACAUGAAUCAGGACUUGUUUAUCACAGAGACAAUCUACUUAGUGUGAAACGUGACGCAUAAACUAAUAUUGCCUGUUGCUAGCCGACGGCAAACAUUAGAGACCUACACAUUUGUUAGUGUAGCAGAAGCACAACAUAUGCCCGAAGAGGGCUUAGAUGCAGGAAUAAAUACCACCCACCUUUAACUUAACUCCUAAGCAGACAAAAAGAUUGGAAAGAGGAGGAAAAAAGUAAACCAAAAUUGAUAAAUCACGACAAUCACAUUCGAUUGCCCUAACUGCUGUUACAAUAAAUUUACUAUUUUGCGUAUACCAAAGUUUAAGUAGAGAUUUAAGUGAUUUAGAUUGUAAGCUAAACUAUUUUGUGUAUUGUUGGUUGAAAUCGCAACCAACAGUUGAAAAAGAAGUGAAUUAUUCACGUGUUAGUUUUAUAUGAAAUGGGCCUAAUGCGUUUAACGUCAUAUUUUGCAUGUUAAAAAUGUCAUCCUUUCGUCCCAUUCAUAUGCGUAAAGGAGAUCUGCCACUUA